AUGACAGAAUUUCAGCGAAAGAUAGAGCUUCAGUCGCCAGAUGACUUGCAAUAUCUAGUCUCAAACAUCCGACGCGCCGCGAAUGUCGAAAUAGACAAGAACUUACCACCUAUAGAGGGCGAAGAUAAGAUGCGAGCGCGUGUCGAAGAGCUUGUCCAUGAUUACAUAAACAACGUAUUCAACACCGCCGCAGCAAACAUAACAAUAAACGGCCUCGACCCAUCACCCGACCUCCUCAACUCAAUCCUCUCAUCCAAAUCCUCGCUCUUAGAAAUCGAAGAGCACGAACCAUUCAACACGAAACUCUUUGAGCACGCAAAAGACCUCGCGCGGCAGGAAGAAGAUCUGAUUGAAGAGAUUGCGGCGCUACGGAGGAAAAUGCCGGGUGUUGUGACGGAUCAUGUGAAGAGGAAUUAUAGGGAGGGUACUGAGACUGAUGAGAAGGUUUUGAAGGUUGUGGAGGAUAAGGUUGUUGGUAGAGAAAAGGGUGUAGCAGAUAUGGGUGUUGAGAGGUUGGAGAGACAGGAUCAGGUUGAGGCGAAUUGGGGGAAGGGUGUUAAGGGGUUGGAAGGAUUGAUGAGGACUUUACCUGAGACGGUGGCGAGGAAAGAGAGAGCUGAGCGGGCAGAAGAAUAUGUG